AUGCAGAUGAGUAUUUAAAAAGCAUAGAUAAAUAUCCUUAUUAACCUUAAAUGCAAAUAGUUUUAAAUGAGCUUAAUAAUAAAUUAGAUCAUGAAAUCUAAAAUCUUCGUAAAAAGAUUUUCAACUAUUAAGAAAACCUAAGAAUUAAGUUAAUUUUUAAUUAAUAUUCAAAAAGUUUCUGAAUAAGUGAGUAAGUUUGGCUAUGUUGUUGAAGUAAAGUUAUUUGAAGCUUUUGUAAUCAUAAAGUAAACUAUGGGAGAAGAAUUAGUUUUUUAAUUAGGUAAUAUUCUCAAACAAAAUGCUUCUGGGGCUCAAAUUGUGAACUAAAUACCUUAGUUUAAGUCUUAUAGGAUUGAUUAAUUUAACGAAUUAGUAGGAAGACAUGACAUUAAUUACAUUCUUGGCAAAUUGUAAUAAUGCGAAAGUGGAAAAAUCAAAUAAUAUUUAGAUGGCAAUUUAAAGGAAUAGCUAAAAUAGUGUUAUGAUACUUACUUAAAAAAAUAUGAAGAUACAAUUCAAUAAUAUAAAUAUGAUGAAGAUAAAUGGGAGGAAAUUGUAGACAAUGUAAGAUAAUUAUCUAAAUAAAUAAAUCUUCAUAGCAAAAAAUAGAAGAAUGAAAUUCUACAUUUGCUUGCUCAAAUUUGUGCAUAUUGGACUCUAAAUGAAAGCGGAAAAUAAAAGUAAGAUAAAAAAAAUAUCUUUAAAAAACCAAACCAUACUCAAAUAAUUAGCAUUAUAAUGCUUUUAGGAAUUCAUAAAGAAGCUGGGUUUUGGUAAGGAGUUAAAAAUUAAUUUUAGUAUGAAAGCUAAAUUUAGUUGAAUAAUUAAUUGAUUGAGAUUUUGACUGGAGAAGGAAAAUCAAUCACAUUAGGCUUUUGCUCUAUAAUACUUGCUUUAUUGGGCUGUGAGGUUGAUGUAGUUUGCUAUAGUAACUACCUUUCAGAGAGAGAUGAUAAAGACUUUCGUAACCUCUUUAUCUCCUUUGGAGUUUCUGAAAAAAUUAAAUAUGGAACUUUUAGAUAAUAAGUAGAAAAAUACAUAAAUAAUAAUUUCAAUAUUAGGCAAGCUACCUUAGAUAUAGUAAAUUCAUAAACUUUAGAUAAUAACAAAAACACAAAAUAAAAUACUACAAAUUAUAAAAUCUUGUUAAUAGAUGAAGUAGAUAUCUUUUUCAAUCUUGAUUAUUAUGGAUAAACUUAGAAUCCUAUAGUAAAGUAUGAGGUUGAAGAAAUAAAAAAUAUUAUUACAGAAAUUUGGAAUUCGAAAGGAUAAUAAAAAUCAAGCAUUAUAACGAAUAUUGAAUAAAGUUCUAGCUAUAAAGAAUUAAUGAUUAAAUAUCCAAAAUUUGAAAGACUUUUCAAAAGACAUAUUAAUAAACUUGCUUAAGAUGUGAAUCAAGUAGAAUUGCAUAAAAAUUAAAAAGAUUAUAUAGUGAGAAAUAAUUUAAUUGGGUAUAAAUAAAUCGAUUCAACAAUUGAUUUUAAAUUUUAUUAUGGUUAUUUAACUCUCUUUGCAUAUUUCCUUGAAAAUUCCAAAGGAAAUAUAAAUGAUUAAACACUUAAAUAAAAAACUUAAUUAAAUUUACAUUGUGGACAUAUUUCUUAUGCAUUAUUGCCAGAUACUUAUUCAGCUAUUUUGGGGGUAACUGGAACCCUUCAAUCUUUAAAUUCACAAAUGAAAGAGUGUCUCAAAAAGUAUAACUUCUCAACAGAGAUUUACAUCCCUUCAAUGUUUGGAGAUUCUAAGCUUGAUUUUAGAAAAGGAGAUAUGGUAAAAGUAGAAAUCGAUUAAGAAAACUAAUAUUUGUAAAUUCAGUAAAUCUCAUUUUCAGCAAUUAAAUAAAAAUAAUCUGUGCUUAUAUUCUUUAAAGAUAGUUAAUCUUUAAUAGAUUAUCAUGACAGCAAUUAUUUAUACCUUCCUAAAGAAAACUACAUCAAAGUUACUGAUCAUAAUGAUAGUACAGAAUUUAAUCAUUAAGUUCAAAAAGCGACUAGAUCAGGUCAAAUAGGACUUUUUGUUAGAGAGUAUGGAAGAGGAACAGAUUUUAUUUCAUUCGAUCCUAAUGUAAUUCAAUCAGGUGGUGUAGUAGUCAUCUAAACAUUUCUUUCAGAUAAUAUAACAGAAGAAAUCUAAAUUAAAGGAAGAACUGCAAGGCAAGGCUAACAAGGAUAAUAUUACUUAAUCUUAAAUCAAAAAGAUUUAAUAAAAGAUUUUGGAUUGUAAGAUGAUCAAAUUUAGUAAUGGAAAAAUAAUUAAAAUUAAAAGUCUCUUUAUGAUAAUCUCAGUGAAGUAAGAAAUGUUAAAGAAAAUUAAAGGUAUGAAGACAUUGAAAAAAAAAUAAAUAUUGCUACUGACAGCCACUAAAAAACUAUUUAAUAUAUUUAGAGUAUUAAAAAUGGAAAUUAUGAUUAAGCUAUUAACUAUAUUAAUGAUAACAGUUGA